UCCAACCUUCUUCCAAACACAUCACAUCCUAUCAAAACUAUCAUACCAUUGGAUGCAGUAAAAGUUUAUCCCUCAAGAAUCUUUACUUCAUCCACUCACGGACAUAUCGCCAUCAUGUCGGCUUCUACCAUUCAAUUAACGCCGGGCGAACGUGGUGCAUACGGUCACUUUUUCGCUUUGGCAGAUCCGCAAAGUACAGGUGUCGUUUCCGGUAAUUCUGCCGUUUCAUUCUUUGCUCUAAGUGGUUUGCCAUCACCUGUUUUAGGUUCAAUUUGGACUUUCGCAGAUAAGGAUAAUAAUGGAUUUUUAACCCCGGCAGACUUUAGUACAGCUUUACGUUUGAUCGGUCAUGCACAAUCCGGCAAAGUGGUAACGGAAGAUCUCAUUCAACAACCAGGCCCUUUACCUACUUUCAAAGGAAUCACUCUUCCUCCUCAUUUGGCCGCUCCUGGUAUUUCAACGCCUAACCGAUCUUCUUCAACUAUCCAGCCGCAAGCAACAGGCGGUGCUUUUGGAUCACAACCCGGAAGUGCAACUGAGAUUCGUCCCGAUGAUCGUGCCAGAUACACACGCAUCUUCGCCGGUGCAGGGCCUCAGCAUGGUCUAUUGGAUGGCGAAAAAGCCAAAGAGAUCUUCGUCAAAUCCAAGCUACCAUUCGAUAAAUUGGGUGCAAUCUGGACUUUGGCUGACACUAAGGCCAGAGGUAAAUUAGAUUUAACAGAUUUCAUCAUUGGUAUGCACUUCAUCCAAAGCACAAUGAACGGAAGCCUUUCUAGUAUUCCAACUACUUUGCCUGCAGGAUUAUACGAAAAGGCAGCAGGAUCCGGUCUCACUGGUCUACCCCCUAGCAGCCCUUUAGCUGCUCAAAACACAGGAGGAUCAGCUUCUGGUGGUCUGGGCGGACCUGGAGGUUACAUUUCUCGUCAGAUGACCGGCUCACAAUUUGGUGCCCCCGGUAGUCCAAGUCCUUCAACAAUUCGCUCGCCUCCUCCAUCAUUGCAACCGCAACGUACUGGAACGGCUUUGUUCAAUGCACCUAGUACGAUUCGACCAAACUUGACCGGCAAUGCAAACUGGUCAGUCACACCUGCCGACAAAACAAAAGCUGAUCAAUUCUUCGACGGCUUAGAUCAAGAUCGUAAAGGUGUGUUGGAAGGCCAAGCAGCAGUGCCUUUCUUCAUGCAAAGUGGUUUGGACGAAGCAACAUUGGCACAUGUUUGGGAUUUGUCCGAUAUCACGCAAUCAGGUUCAUUGACCCGAGAUGAGUUUGCUGUCGCUAUGCAUCUUAUCAACCUCAAGUUGACUGGAAGCGAAUUACCACAAGAACUCCCCGCUAAUUUGAUCCCUCCCAGUCUAAGAGGUCAAAGCCUACCACAAGCGGUCAAUCCGCAAGAGACUGACACCCAAAAAGACUUGUUCUCCUUGAUGGAUGACGAUAUCGAUUUGCCUGUUUCUACCGCAAGUGCAUUCGCCAAGCCUGCUAUUGCUCCACCAGCUGCCGCUGCUCCUGCUUCCGCAACGACGGCCAGUAGAGGUGCAUUUGAUAGUGCAUUCGAUGAUGACUUUGGCGGCAGCCCAAGUGCAACUACAGGUUUCACUUCUCCCAAGCCGGCACCCUCUUCCGUUGCAGGAGCACUUUCGCCUGUACCGACAGGAACAAGUGCAAGCGGUAUUCGAUCUGCUCAACCCUUUGGUGACGCAAGCGCUGAUGCUGCCAAUCAAAGACUUGCGCUCGAAAGUACACAAAAGAGCUUGACAGGUCUUGAAACAACAAAGGCAGAUUUGACCAAAUCAAACGCUGCAGAUGCUCAUUCGAUCGAAGAUUUGCGUACACGAUUGGAAACUGUUCGUAUGCGUCACCAAACAGAAUCAGAAUCCGUAAAGGCAUUGCAAGAACGACAAAAAGCGCAAAGUGCAGAAUUGAAGCGAUUACGGGAAGAAUCUGUUCAUGAAGAGUCUGAAUUGAGCAGAUUGAAAGCCGAAAAGGAUGAAAUUGAACAAGCAUUGAUGAAGGAUCGUGAAGAUGUUCGGGAGAUGAAGAGCGUCGUGGCAGAACGUACAAAAGCCAAAGAAGCGCUCAAAGCAGAAAUCGAAAAAUUGAAGAAAGAAGCUCGUCAACAAAAAGGUCUUGUUGCAAUUGGCAAGAAACAACUUUCUCAAGCUGAUAGCGAUUUGAGCAAAGCACAAGAUGAAUUAAACGCUGCACGCGAAGAAGGAAAUGUACAAGAGCAUGCAGCACAUGGUGAAGUACCAGUCGUUUCACCUCAAGUAAACCCAUCUCGCGAAGCAGCCCUAAGUCCAGCGGCAAGUAUUCGAAGUAACAAUCCUUUCGAUCGCUUCUCCCCUUCCACAGCUCCUGCUCAAUCACAUACAGGCGCAUUUGCUGUGGGAGGUGCAGCUGGAGCAGUGGCAGCAGGUGUUGGAGCUGCAGCCUUAUCUCAUCAUGAUCAAAACGAGAAAGAAGGAACUUCUACAGCGGAUGAUCCAUUUGGUCUCACCAAAGCUGCCCCUAAGCAAGAUGAAGCAAUUGCCGCCCCACAUAGCAAUGAUGCAACUGCAGCAUUUGAUGACGCAUUUGGAGAGAACAUCCCUUCGUCAACAGCUCCUGCUACAGAUAGCCUGGAUGCACCUGCAGGCGCACAUGCCAACGUCAAUCAAUCAUUCGAUGAUGCAUUUGCUGACCUCGAUCAACCUGCCACUUCUGAUCCUACCGCUCCAGAAGCCACUUCAGAAGCAAUUCCAGGUUCAUUCGGCGCUGCUGCAACGACCGCGAUUGAAGAACCCAUUGACCAUUCGACCAUUGACGCAGAAGAAGGGAAGGCUGGAAUAGCCAGCACUAAAGCGCUUGAUGAACCAGAGCACGUUCCAGCCCCAUCCGCCGAUGAAGUUGCUGCCAAUGCUGAUGUCGAUCCGGGCUUCCCUUCACUUGCUAAGGGCAAACAAGUCGCACGAGAUGCAGACGAAGAUAGUUCGGAUGAUGAUGACGACGGACCGGAAGACUUUGAAGGCCAUGGCAAGCAUUUUGUCGGAAGUCCAGAUGAGGUCGGUGAUGGCAAAGAACCGUUUGGAAACGAUGAUGUUACGGCAAAACAACCUGCUACCGCCGAAAAUGCGGUACAAGCUGCUAAUCGAUUCCCUGAAGUUGAAAGUGAAGAAACUACCGGCAAAGCUCCCCUUGCACCAUCAGUGGUUUUAGGAAAUGCUACACCGACGUAUACUGCCAAUGCUACUCCCCUUGCACCGUCUGUCAGUGGCACAAGUGUGAAUGAUGAUGCUUUCCAUGAUGCAGCAACCGAACAGCCAUCUUCGGAAAGUGCUGUUCCUAAUCACGAACGCUUCACGACUGCAAUCGAUAAUGCAGAAAGUCGCGAUAAUCCUGCUCAAUUGAACGCCGAUCAAAGAGCCAUCAGUCCGGCAAAGACACGUAGAGCUCCUCCUGCUGUACCACUUCGCUCAGGCACUGCUACUUCAACACCUCAAGGAAUCUCGAAUGCAGGACCAUUUGGAGCUUCGAGUGAUCAACUUGCUGCUGUGAACUCUGCAGCUGCUAAUCCAAUGGACGACUUUGAUGCUGCAUUUGAGGAUCUAGGACCUACGACUUCAGGUAACGCACCUAAUGGCGAUGUUGGUAAUGUUACCUCCACGUCUGGAUUUGAUGAUACGUUUGGCGAAGCAGAUGGAUUUGACUUUGUGCCUUCUUUCAGCACAAACAAUUUCGAUAAUGCUGUCAAUAAUCAAAGCAAAGCUGCUACCACUCUGCCAGGUUCGACUAAUGGAGGAGCCUUUGAUGGAUUCGAUUCCACUUUCGAGAAUGCUUUUGAGACUGGUGGAACUGGUCAAAAAGCACUUAAUGCACAAUCUACUGCCCCUGCCGGUCAAACAAAUUCCAAUACAGGGUCUGGUUUCAGCUUUGAUGAUGCAUUCGUGCCGGCUGAAGCUAUCUCUACCGGUCAAACACCACCACAACAAUCAACCGAUCUACCUUCUGCGAUCACCAGUGCAGCACCACCACCGACUUUACCGGCCCGAAAUGCUGCUCCGCCAAAAGAUUCAGCGGGAGCCUUGCCAGAUGAUGCAGGACCAGUGAAACAACUUUGUUCGAUGGGAUUCACUCGACCUGAUGUGAUUAAAGCAUUGGAAAAGAGCAAUUAUCGAACUGAUAAAGCUUUAGAGCGCUUACUUGCACAAGCAUAGGUCUUUUGUGCACUUUUACCAUUAAGUUCUUCGUGUUACUACUUUACUUCAAAUGUUUACCCAUGCUUCUCUCUUAAUGGAAAUACAAUGAAUGAUAUUGAGCAAGA